CCGGAGUCCUGAAGUCCGCCUGUCAGAACAGACAACGGAGAGACUGUUCGUGCUCCUCAACGGCAAAGUGAUAACAGAGGACUGCAAAACGGUGCAGACAUCCUGGUAUAAAGAGAUUAUCCAAAAAGAAAAUGGAAACUUCCAUCCAUGAUCCAUGAUAGUUUGUCCAGCAGAGGGCGCAAUUUCAGCUACGCCGCUUGUGCAAAAACCAGACCAGACCGACAUUUGAAUGACCCAUCCCAUAGGACUACUAAAACACUCACAUCUGCUACUGGUUCUGCCCUUCUGUCAAAUACCAGAACACUUUGUGGAUCACAAGUCAAAGUUUUCCCACCCCUGGUGUAAACAGAUGGAUGAGGGGAACAGAGUGUAAGCAGUCAUUCAAGUCCUGCAUGGAAGAAAGACCAUGGACAGACUGACUUUUAGAGUUGGGAUAGGUUUAGAAAAUGAGGAUCGUGAGAAUCCAGACAGAAGGAGGGGGGGCAGAGGAAGAGGUGGAGGCAGAGGUGGGAGAGGAAGAGGUCAGAGAGAUGGAGGAGCAGCGUUCCCGGUGGGGGCAGGUGAUGGAGCAGAAAGGGGUUGGUGGCGAGACAGAGACGGAGGCAACAGGAGGGAGCAGGAGGCAGACAGAGGCAGACCAAGAGGGAGAGGAGGAAAUAGAGAGAACGUUGGAGAGAGGCUUGAAAUAGGCAGAGGACGUGGCGGCGCUGAAAGAGAUGGAGCGAGGAUGGGCAGGGGGAGAGGAGGUCAAAGAGGUGAGGGAGAAGAGGGCGGGAGAGAUGAGAAAAGAGAUGGUGCUCGGUCCCAUGGCAGAAUAAUGGGCUACAAAGCCCUGGAGGAACUUUACCAAGAGGAGCCCACCGUCGUGGCCAUUUCCCUCUCCUCAGACCCCGCCUUUCACAGACUCCUGAGUGCAAAAGAAAUACGGCCAGACCUUAUUCAACUUGUGUGCUUGGUGCUGAGUAAAGCGUUCGAAUCCAGGGCAGAAAGAGGGACACUCCAGCACCUGGCAGGCGUCAUCAAAGAUUCAGCCUUUUUCCAAUUCACCUUGCCUCAACAUGUGGGGGGCAUGGUGCUAGAGUCCAACCCUGCCCGCAGAGCCCAGUACCCGCAGCAUCUUGACAACAUCCUGACCAUUCUUUCGCAGGUGCUUAGUAUGUUUCCUGCAAGUUCAGUCAAAGCAGUGAGUAUGUUGUUGACGCUGCUUCAAGCCUCCAUCAACAGUCUGAGGGGAUCUGGUUUGGACGUGGACACUCGAGUGGAGGAAAACGGGGAACAGCUGAAAGGCUUAAUAGAGCAUCUCCAGGAGAGAUCAAGGGAGGGGACCCUGCGUUCAGACAAGGACACUUAUGCUCUUCUUCCCACUGAUGGUGAUAAGCAAGGUGAUGAAGAACAGCAGGAUUUUCGGACCAUACCAAUCUAUCCAACUCCUGAGGAGUUCCAGGAGGACCACAAACCAUUUCUGAGACCCAACCUCACCAAUCAGCGUUACACAAACUCCCACCUCUACCUCGACACGCACUUCCGACUGCUCAGAGAGGACUUUGUGAGACCGCUUAGGGAGGGGAUCCAACAGUUACUGCAGACCCAAAAGAACUUGGGGAACACCAUGAAUCCAGCAAAGACGAAGCACUUUGAUGACAUCCGGGUUUAUUUUGAUACGCAACUUGUUGUGCCCAAAUGCACACACACCGGCCUCGCUUAUGUUGUGCAGUUUGAUAUUAAGCCACUCCAGUUUGUGCGCUGGCAGAACUCCAAGAGGCUGCUCUUCGGUUCUUUGGUCUGCCUUUCGUGCAAUAACUUUGAGAGCUUCUUAUUUGCUACGGUCUCAGAUCGAGACCCCAAAUACCUGCAAAAAGGACAAGUCCAGAUUACCUUCACCGAGGAGAGCAGAUACAAAUUGGCCAGAAUUCCGACUGACCAGUUGUUUCUCAUGGUUGAGACCACUGCUUACUUUGAAGCUUAUCGGUAUGUUCUGGAAGGCUUGAAGGAACAGGAGGAGGAAGACCUGCCCUUUCAGAGGUACAUCGUAGAGUGUCACAAAGACGUGAAUCCCCCAGAAUACCUUAAAGCGAAUGAUGUGUAUGACCUAUCUUCCGUUGCUGACCCAGAGUACAAGGAAAGCAUCAGGCCUUUUCACAGCCUUAAGCCAGAAGCCUGGCCUCCUAUGCAAGAGUUGGGCCUGGACGAGUCUCAGAUGAAAGCUUUCCAGCUGGCUCUCACCAAGGAGCUGGCAAUCAUACAGGGACCUCCUGGCACCGGAAAAACAUACGUAGGCCUGAAAAUUGCUGAAGCUCUGUUGGCCAAUCAAAUGCUGAUUGAUCGGCAUGGCACAACUCCAAUGUUGGUUGUUUGUUACACUAACCACGCCUUGGAUCAGUUCCUUGAGGGGAUUCAUAAAUUUCUGAGUAAAGGCAUAGUCAGAGUGGGAGGUCGCAGCAACAGUGAGAUUUUGAAGCAGUUCAAUUUACGUGAGCUGAGCCAGUCACCCGCCUACAGACGUUCACUGCCAUCUAACCUCCAAAGUGCUCAUAACCAGAUCUACAAGACGCUGUGUAUGGAGGAGAGGGAGUUGCAAAGCCAUAGCAUGAAGCUAGAGUGCUCUUUGAAAGGUGUCAUCCGUGAAAACUUCCUACAGAGGUUCAUUUCAGACACACACUGGAAAAGUCUCCAUUCCCUCCCUGUGGAAGAGGAAUUUCAGUUGUGGAGUGACCAGAAGUUCAGUGUGAUAAUGGAGUGGCUGGGUUUGGGCUCUACUGUGUUCCAGCUGAGGGAGGCAGAGAACACAAAUGCAGCUGAAGCGGAAGAAGCAGAAAUGGAGGAGGAAGACCUCAUUGAAAUUGCGGAGGAGGCUGAUCUGAUCCAGGAGGAGAGGAUGAUUGAGGACAACUGGACAGUGGGCCCCACAGCUGGCAGACAGAAGGGAGACCAGGGCCAGGCUGUCAGAGCAGUGGAGGACCUGUUGCUGGCUAUGAACCUGGACAAAGUUGGUCCACAGGCUGAGCAGAGUGGGGAUUUAUGGCAGAUGCAAAGAGACCAGAGGAAAAAAAUGAAGAGCAGAAUACGGAAGGAGAUAGGAAGGGGCUUGGCCAUGACGGAGGAAGAGGAGAAGAAUGUCUUCAAUGUUUGGAGUCUUAGUGUUGAGGACAGAUGGAAGCUGUACCGGUUAUGGCUCACACGCUACAGGGUGGAGCUUCGCACAAAAGCCUUGCAGUCCGAAGUGGCUUAUCAGAAUGCAGUGGACAGACUGGCGGACGUGAAACGGCAGCAGAACCUUCAUGUACUCAAGCAGGCGAAAGUUAUUGGAAUGACGACAACUGGGGCGGCCAAGUUUCGUAAAUCUCUGCAAGAAGUUCGUCCGACUGUGGUGAUAGUGGAAGAGGCUGCAGAAGUGCUGGAAGCCCACACCAUCACCACACUCAGCAAAGCAUGCCAACACCUCAUUCUCAUUGGAGACCAUCAGCAGCUGCGUCCCAGUGCCACAGUAUUUGAACUAGCCAAGAAUUUCAACCUGGAAAUGUCCAUGUUUGAGAGGCUGGUGAGGAUGGGACUGCCAUACGUAAGACUCAACUACCAGCAUCGUAUGAGGCCGGAAAUUGCGUGUCUUCUCACCCCACACAUCUAUUCUGAACUUGAAAACCAUCCUUCUGUGUUGGAGUACGAAAACAUCAAGGGGCUCAACACCAACUUGUUUUUUGUGGAGCACAGUUACCCAGAGGAACAGAUCAAAGAUGGGAGAAGCCAUCAAAACAUUCAUGAAGCAAAGUUUGUUGUUGCCCUUUGCCGGUACCUUCUCUUCCAAGACUACAAACCAGAACAAAUCACCAUUCUCACCACCUAUACAGGCCAACUUCAUUGUCUGCGUAAAGAAAUGCCUGCAAGCGAGUUUUCAGGAGUCAAGGUGCAUGUUGUAGAUAAGUACCAGGGAGAGGAGAACGAUAUCGUGCUGUUGUCUCUAGUGCGUAGCAACCUGGAAGGAAAAGUUGGCUUUUUGAGUAUUCCCAACCGUGUCUGUGUAGCCUUGUCCCGUGCCAAGAAAGGUCUUUACUGUAUCGGGAACAGUUCAAUCCUGAGCAGAGUCCCGCUAUGGAGCAACAUCUUCCACACCUUGAGAGGAAAAGACCAGAUUGGAGAAGCUCUAACCCUGUGUUGUCAGAAUCAUUCAGAUCGACGGGUAAAGGCAUCUUGUGCUGCAGACUUUAAACAAGCCCCAGAGGGGGGCUGCAACCAGCCUUGCCAGUAUCGACUGGAUUGUGGCCAUGUAUGCUCAAGAGUCUGUCACCCCUCUGACUUGGAGCACAAGAAAUUUAAAUGCAGCAAAAAGUGCGAGAAGAUUUUAUGCGAUCUGGGACACCGGUGCACACUUGUUUGCCAUCAAGAAUGUCCAAAGAAGUGUCCAAUGAAGGUUGAGAAGAUUGUACCUAAGUGUCAGCAUUCUCAGAUGAUUCCUUGCCACCAAAGUCCGCAGACAUUUGAAUGCCGGGAGCCCUGUCAAAAGCUGCUUAGCUGUGGCCAUCCAUGUGGCUCCACCUGUGGGGCACCAUGCACCACCAAGUGCAUGGUGGUGGUCACUCUAGCACUUGAAUGUGGGCACAGUCAGCAAGGGGCUUGCUUUUACAAGAAAGAGAGAGACCAGCUCAAAUGUACAAUCCCAUGUCGGCAUCAGCUGAAGUGUGGCCAUGAAUGUUCUGGUACCUGUAGCAGUUGCCUUCAGGGACGCGUUCACGUGCUCUGUUCUCACCAAUGUGAGCGUCUUCUGAUCUGCUCACACAAGUGCACGGAGCCGUGCACUGGGGAUUGCCCCCCCUGCCAGAGACCUUGUGAGAAUUGCUGCAUCCACAGUAAUUGCAUGAAGCCAUGUGGUCAGCCGUGUGCUCCCUGUAUUGAGCCCUGUGUUUGGCAGUGUCCUCACCAAAGCUGCAGCAAACUUUGCCACGAGCCAUGCGAUCGACCACCAUGCACCCAACCUUGCACCAAGAUCCUGAACUGUGGCCACCAAUGCAUCGGUCUAUGUGGAGACAAAUGCCCAAACAUGUGCCGCAUCUGCAAUCGCGAGGAGGUCACAGACAUUUUCUUUGGAACCGAAGACGAGCCCGAUGCUCGCUUCAUUCAGCUGGAGGACUGCGGACACCUCAUUGAAUCUACUGCCAUGGACCAUUACAUGGGGUUGGAUGACAUCAAGGCAAACAAUGAAGAGCAGGUGACCAUUAAAUUAAAGGAAUGUCCAAAGUGUAAAACUCCAAUACGCAAGAACCUGCGCUACGGAGCGCACAUCAACCGCAGUCUGGCUGAGAUCGAGAUGGUCAAGGAGAAGAUAAAUGGACGGAAACUUGACAUCGAAGAGCAGAGGAUAAACCUUCAAAGCAAGCUCAAGAACUGUACCAGCUGUCAAAUUUAUCUGGGAGAUGAGUAUUUCAAAAUCCAGGAAAAACUGGGAGAGCGUUUCCUUACUGUACAUGAUCUUUGGGUUCUGGAAAACCAAAUAGAUUUCCUAGAAAGAGUUGGAAAGCUUUUGGAGAUUGAAAAGGAAAAAAUGCUGUUCAGUCAUGGCUACAGGUUUCGGCAGAGUGUUAAUCAGUUUUUGAGCUGGCUUAAUAAUCCACAACAAAAAUUCACAGAUCAGCAGGUGUGUGAUUUGCAGAGAGAGCUAACAAGACUGAACCUCCAGGCUGAGCUCAACGUCCGCUGUCAAAAGGCAUAUAAGAUGGAAAAAACAGACCAAAUCGAACCUGAGGAAGAGGAAAUCCGAAACCUGUUGAAAACGUGCGGCCCCUUUACUGAGCAUGAUGAACUCAAGGUCAAAGAAGCCAUGAAGAGACUGGAUGAAAAGUUUCCAAUGACAGGCUUAGGAAUCACUGAAGAGGAGAGAAAAAUGAUCGUCUCAAGUCUGAAAAUGCCUCCAGGUCACUGGCACAAAUGUCCUAACGGGCACGUCUACCUGAUCACAGAGUGCGGCGGGGCCAUGGAAAGCCGAAAAUGCCCAGAUUGCAAUGCCACUAUUGGUGGCCAAAAUCACACACUCAACAGAGGUAACCUUGUUGCUACGGAAAUGGAUGGAGCACUGCACCCUGCUUGGUCUGAGCAAAACAAUCUCCUCAACUUUGAACUCCAAGACAUUUAGAUAUUUCAUAAGAGCAAUUAAUUGUUGCUUUGGCUCUUUGUUGUUAAAACUACCCAGACUGUGGUGUUAUAUCUACUUUCAUUCAUGCUGGAGAGGUACUAACCUCUGCAAAAGCCAACGAAACAGGGUCCUUUCAAAAACAUUUCCGGGCAGGCAUAAAAGAUCAAACCCUGCAUGCCCAUACUGAUGUUAAGUGAACUCAUUCUUUUAUUUGAAAUAAAUUGGUUACAUUUUUCAAUUUCAAGAACAGAUUAUUGGUAUAAAUAGGAUGUAAAAACUGCUUUUCAGAUUGUACUUAAUAUCUAUAAAUAGUUAAAGAACAAAAGGGGUUUCAACUUGAUUGUUUCACAAUCUCACCAUCACUUCUUGCUUGAUAUGUUUGAGAUGGUGUGUCUUUUCAUCUAACAGUAGGUGGCAGUAAAGCACCUUAAAUAUGCCAGAGAAAUCAGACAUUUGUCAGGCAUGGAUGAACAGGUUAGAGAAAAUUAAAAUAUGUUUUCUUUUUUUUCUUCUUCAAGUAAUGCAUAUGAUAUUGAAUUGUCAUGAUGAAAUGAUAUUUUUUUUUGUCAAGCAUAUUUCAGAUAUUAUGUGUACUAGUAUGUAUGCACAAUUAAUAAAGCUCUUAUAAAAAGCA